AUGUUGAUGAGGUUUGAUUUAAAAGUGUUAACACUCAAUUAUGACUUAAAUUCAAAGAAUUCAUUCCUUCGCUUGUCCUGUUCUAUUGCUGUUAAUUUUGAUAUUUUGAUUCAUUAUCCGGAAAGCGAAUCAUCCGAAUCAUCCCAGGACAAGGAAGAACCCUCCCUCUCGGCACUCGAUGACGACGAACAACCAACUCCGUCACCACCAAACGAUGAAACCAUAACCGAGGAUGACGAGGAAUUCAAUGAAUUCAUUGAGGAGCAUCUUAACUAUUUAAUUCGCUCAAUGGACGAAACCAUAACCGAGGAUGAGGAGGAAUUCAAUGAAUUCAUUGAGGAGCAUCUUAACUAUUUAAUUCGCUCAAUGCUGCGACUAUUGCUGAUAGAUGACGAGCCAGAACCACCGCCAGAAUCACUGCCACGCACCGCGAAUCAACCAUAUGCGAUGUCGAAUGAGAUGCGAAACAGCGCUCUGAGAAACCAGCUUCCUUCCAGGCCUCAGCAAGUUCGUGAGGAAAUCCCGCCUUCGGUGCUCGACGCCUUAGGAAGGCGGGCUUUCUGCAGUCGCCACAUGUUGCUGCCACCAGCGAGAAUGCGAUGGUUCGUGAACACCGCGGUGUACAGGAUUAUCGAUAACGAUGGAUGCGUGCGAAUCACCUAUCUCCGGCCUUCUUGCGGAAGAGAGCUCAGCACUUGCCAACGGAAAAAGGUAUGCGAUCCUGAAAGUACUCCAGUGCGUUUUGUAGAUCCACAAACUGUAGCUGAAUUUCCUGCGCUUAUUUUUAUGUUGGAUCAGAGAGUAGUAUUUAGGAAAUACGACAACUCUGUAGAGCAGCUUGAGUAA